AUGGGGAAAGUUUCUUUGCCCUUAGUACAGGUAAUUUGUGCUAUCACUUGGUGCUUAUUCGCUGCGGGGCCUAUUUUCGGUUUUGCAGCUCUGAAACCAAUUUUGAUAGACCAAGGAGUCUACGCUGAGCUUUGUCCACACGCAAAUAUUCCUACCUCGUUAGGUACUUCCACGAAUGUGCAGGUUUUGAAAGAGGUGGAAACAGGGCCAUGUACUGCACAAGAUUUGAAACUUAAUUUUAUGUUCACUGUCGGAGCCGGCACCACCAAUAUCAUAGCUCUGGCGGUUGGCUAUGUGUUGGACGUACACGGCCCAAGGAUUUGCGGUUUUAUCGGUUCCGCCUUUUUAACCUUAGGAACGUUGAGCCUUGCGUUGAGUGCGAAUAUCAGAACCUUUGACCCAUAUCUUGCUGGAUAUACCCUUUUUGCCAUUGGGGGGCCCUUCGUUUUUAUUUCCAGUUUUCAACUCGCUAAUAGCUUUCCCAAAAAAUCUGGAACUAUCUUGGCUCUGCUAACGGGAGCGUUUGACUCAUCUUCAGCACUAUUUUUCUUCUACCGGUUGUUUUAUCAAAACUGGACACCGAAUUUAACGCUCGAAAAGUUCUUCACGGGCUACUUAAUCGUUCCAGCCUUUAUCUUACUAUGUCAAAUAUUCAUUAUGCCUAAGGAAUCCUACAAAACUCUCGGAGCUGUUGAGAAAUUAGAAGUUGAAGGACUUGACAUGGAUGGAAAUUUGCCGGCUGGUGAGGAUGGCUCCCGCAUUAUUCCAGAUGAGACAGAAAGGCAAUCCUUACUUUCAAAUCCUUCUUCUGGAAUUCGCCCUGUCCUAUCUGCCAACUCUCGUAGGAAAUCUGUCUGGGAAAACUACGUGGAGGCCAAACUCGAGAAAAAAACGAGGGGCAUAUUUGGUGCAAUGCACGGACGUUCUGCUUCCGAACAGAUCAAGAGCCCUUGGUUCAUGCUAAUGCUGAUGUUUGUCGUUAUUUGCAUGCUCAGAAUUAAUUACUUCGUGGCGACUGUCAGGUCGCAGGAGGAGUACUUAUUGGAUGAUGCUGCUUUGGCUCUAAAGGUUAAUGCGAUAUUCGAUGUGGCCUUGCCUUUGGGAGGUAUUAUAUCCAUUCCUUUUAUUGGAAUGGUUUUAGACCAUUGUUCGACAUUGACGGCUUUACUUAUUGUAUCGUCUAUUUCUAUCCUUAUUGGCUUCCUCGGCCUCAUUCCCUCACUGGUUCUCAAUUUGCUUGGGAUCUUUCUGUUAGUCGCUUACAGGCCAUUCUACUACACUGUCGUUUCUGACUAUUGUGCCAAAGUCUUUGGCUUUGACACGUUCGGAACCGUCUACGGUUUACUGAUGUGCCUAUCCGGCGUAUGCAACAUGGGCCAAAGUUUAUUGGACAAUCUCACUCACACUACCUUCCAGAUGAAUCCAACCCCAGUUAAUUCCAUCCUGGUAACGUUGACGGUCAUCGCCUCCUCUGUAUUGGUUUACUUCACCUAUUGGCAAAGUAAGGUUAGGGAGGAGAAGAUGCUGGUUCUUCAACAAGCUUCAGAAACAACAGGUAACUCACCCGAUACCAACUUAGAUCAAAGUGGUCAGUACGGCAGUGUUUGA